CUUAAAUAACCUUCUUACACAAGUUUUAUAUAAUCAGUUAUGUAAAUUGCACUGCGCAUGUUCAAGUACAUGAUUUUUACUUCAUUUCCGUUUAACUUCAAGAAUGGCAUCAACACUAAAACUGUCGGCGCACAUUUCAAAAGCUGGUCCUUUGCAAAAAUUGUUUCUGAAGACAGGACAGCCAUUGACAGCAGUACAGAGAAAUUUUUCGUUUAAAGUGAAUGGUAGAAAUACAGACGCCAAAUCAUCAACAGGAAGUCAGAUUUCGCGUGAUUAUCCUGUUGUUGACCAUAAAUAUGAUGCAGUAGUUGUUGGCGCUGGUGGAGCAGGAUUAAGAGCAGCAUUUGGAUUGGCUAACGAAGGAUUUAAAACAGCAUGUAUUACCAAAUUAUUCCCAACAAGAUCUCAUACAGUAGCUGCUCAGGGUGGUAUCAAUGCAGCUUUAGGUCAUAUGGAAGAAGAUCAUUGGACGUACCAUUUCUAUGAUACAGUGAAAGGUUCUGAUUGGCUGGGAGAUCAAGAUGCAAUCCAUUACAUGUGUGAAGAAGCACCAAAAGCUGUUAUUGAGCUUGAGAACUAUGGUAUGCCAUUUAGCAGAUUAGAAAAUGGUAAAAUUUACCAGAGAGCGUUCGGUGGACAGAGUACUAAGUUUGGAAAAGGGGGUCAAGCUCACAGAUGUUGUUGUGUGGCUGAUAGAACUGGACAUUCAUUGUUACAUACACUUUAUGGAAGGUCACUAGCCUAUGACACUAAAUAUUUUAUUGAAUACUUUGCUAUGGAUCUGAUCAUGGAAGAUGGAGAAUGCCGUGGAGUAAUUGCCUUGAAUCUCGAAGAUGGAACCAUUCACAGAUUCCAUUCUAAGAACACUAUUCUUGCCACAGGAGGAUAUGGAAGAGCAUAUUUCUCGUGUACCUCGGCCCACACAUGUACAGGAGAUGGGACAGCUAUGGUAGCUAGGGCUGGACUACAGAAUGAGGAUAUGGAAUUUGUACAAUUUCAUCCCACAGGUAUAUAUGGUGCUGGUUGUUUGAUUACUGAGGGCUCCAGAGGAGAAGGUGGUUAUCUUAUUAACUCUGAAGGAGAGAGAUACAUGGAGAGAUAUGCUCCAACAGCUAAAGAUCUGGCCUCCAGAGAUGUGGUGUCAAGAUCUAGUACUAUAGAAAUUAGAGAGGGCAGAGGAGUAGGACCAGAGAAAGAUCAUGUAUACCUGCAAUUAUCUCAUCUACCUGCUGAAGUCCUGAAAACCAGACUACCAGGAAUAUCAGAGACAGCCAUGAUCUUUGCUGGUGUUGAUGUUACCAGGGAUCCCAUUCCCGUUCUCCCCACAGUGCACUACAACAUGGGAGGUGUACCUACUAACUACAAAGGACAGGCUAUUGUAUAUAACGAUGGUAAAGACCAGGUCGUCCCAGGACUUUAUGCCUGCGGUGAAGCAGCAUGUGCCUCCGUUCAUGGAGCUAACAGACUUGGGGCUAACUCGUUACUCGAUCUGGUUGUUUUUGGCAGGGCUUGUGCCAACACCAUCAUUGAGGAAAAUAAACCAGGAGAGACCAUUGGACCCAUAAGCCAGAAUGCAGGAGAAUUUUCUGUAGCCAAUCUUGAUAAGGUCAGAAAUGCUAAUGGGGGUACUACAACAGCUGAGCUUAGACUUGCCAUGCAGAAGGCUAUGCAGAACAAUGCAGCAGUAUUCAGGGAUGGACCAGUCUUAGAAGAAGGGGUUAAAAAAUUAGGAGAAUUAUAUCAACAAAUGGAUGACCUUAAGAUUACUGAUAGAGGAAUGAUAUGGAACACAGAUUUAGUGGAAACAUUAGAAUUACAGAAUUUAAUGAUAAAUGCUGUACAAACAAUGGUAUCAGCGUGCGAGAGGAAAGAAAGUCGAGGAGCACACAGUCGGGAAGAUUUUAAGGACCGUUUAGAUGAAUAUGACUACUCCAAACCAGUUGAAGGACAAAAAAAGAAGCCAUUCGAGGAACACUGGAGAAAACACACAAUGGUUAAAACUGAUGUAGAGUCAGGAAAGACAGAAUUAAGUUACAGACCCGUUAUAGACGAUACAUUAAAUCUAGAAGAAUGCCCCAUGGUUCCACCAGCAGUUAGAUCUUAUUAAAUUUUCCUAAUUCCUUUAUUUAUUUACGAGAGCCAGCUUCCAGAAGGAAUAAGUCUUUCAAGAAAAAAAAACAAUGGAUUCUGAAUCUUAAGCAUUUGAAUUUCUUGUUAUUCAAUGAAAAGGGCAUGUGAAAGUGACAAAGAAUUGAAUACUUUUAACUAUCAGUACUGUGAAAUAAUGACUAAUUGUGUUUCAUGAUUAAUGAAUUUCAAGAGAGAGCAUUUUCUUUAUAAAUAUGGAA